ACUUUAGCAAGCUCUAUCCUGAUUAGCGGCUCUGCCUGUCAAUCAUUGGGAGAAUCAGGAAGUGCUGAAGCUUAGGAAGUGCCGAUGAGCUGCAAAGCGAUUCAGCCAGAGAAAGUGAUCCCCGAAAGAAGAAACAUAUAAGAUUCUUCUAGAAAGAUCUGGUUAUCGCGUAUACCAAUAGGGGCAUUAUGCUUCAGCUCAGAGGGCAUGAAUAUGACCUUGCAGAAAGCCGUCGGCUACACCUUACAGUGGCAAUGGAUGACCCACAACAACUCAGUGAGCUGCUGUCUCAAACCAGAUACAAGGAAGUUAUAAACAGCCCUAGUGGCUGGGGUGUUCCAGAAACCCCUCUCCGUUGUGCUGCCUCUCAGGGCUUUUUAGACUGUCUUAAAAUUCUGUUGGACAAUGGAGCAGAGGUGGACAGUUUAGAUGUGAAGGCCCAGACUCCACUUUUUACUGCUGUCAGUGCUGGCCAUUUGGAAUGUGUAAAAGAAUUACUGCAAGCUGGAGCAGAUCCUUGCGGCAGUGCCUACAAUAACUGUUCCCCUUUACUCAUUGCAGCACAUAAUAGGAAUGACAAGAUAUUAGUGGAACUCUUUAAAUAUGGAGCAGAAGCCAAUGUCAAGUCAAAACGUUCUGACUGUGCUUUAAGUAUUAAGACCUCUACUGGACCCUUAUAUAUUUCAGCUAUAUAUGACCGCUUACAUUGUUUCAAGACUUUGCUUCUUUAUGGCGCUGACCCAGAUUACAACUGCACAGAUCCGAAACUUUUACAGAGGAUCAAGCACCCCAGGCCAGUGCUGGAGAUAUGCCUGAAACACAGAGUGAGGGUAGACUAUGUGAAAUUGCUUAUUGAUUUUGGGGCCAAUAUUCACUUGGUUGAUGAAGAUGUUAUUAAACUAUUCGUAAAUGGCGAAGCAGCGGACCUAUUGAUGCAAGAAAGGGGUAAAAAUACUGCACAAACUUAUGUUGCCUUCAUCUUUCAGCCUGCUUGGAUCACGUAUCUCAUGAAUGUGCGCGAAUGUGAUGCAAUCGUGAGCUCUGAACACCCCCCCUGUAUGGCUGAUUUUAGGUCAUCCAAGGACAUUAAUGUCUCAGUGUCGCUUGACCAUAAGAAGCCUACUAGUACGACUAAGAAAGAUUCAUCUCAUUGACAAGCUGCAGAUCCCCCAAGCACUGAUCAACUAUUUACAGUAUGAACCCUAAGGCAGAUGAUUCUCUAGAGCAGUGAAUAUGCUGCUGAACUACAACUCCUGGAAAUGGAUGCUGCAGUUUAGCAACUGGACUGGUUCAAAUUGAAUUUUCUAGGAUGCAAAACUCCCAUUAUUGAAAUCAGAAAUUUAAAAAGACAACCUGCACCUCUAGUUGCUGUUGAACUACAAGUACCAGACUUUAAGCCAUUGUGAGAUGCUGGGAAUUAAAGGCACAACUAGAGGGCAAUAAUUGGCGUAGCCUUGUUUGGUCAGUAUACUAAUCAUAUUGUAAAUAAAGUUCACACUAACUAAAAAAUACCUUCAAUUCAAUAAGUGAUCUUUUUGAAUAAUGAUUAUGAUGGCAACCAAGAAGAAUAUGCUGUUUUGUGGAAAUGCCCAAAAAUGGCAUCAUAGGUAUCUGCGUGUAGGCCUUGUGCAUGGUGAGGUAGAACUGAGUGAGGCUGCCCAUGUGACAUUACUG